ACACAAAAUGUACAUAUGCAGACAAACACUUCCCAGAUGCUAAACGACACCACGCGAUGCCUUGAUCCUGGUCGUUGAUCAACCUUUCAGUGGAAAGUGGGUCCCAAUAAAAUCAAAACCAAUUCAACUUCCUCCACCACUCCAACUACUACUUCCUCCUUCCGCGGCGGCUCUAUCUCAUCAUCACCUCUCACCACCAUUCUCACAGCCGCCACCACCGCCACCUCUCACCACUGCCUCCGCCACCACCGACAUUAACACAUUUUAUUCUCUCUCUUCAGUUCUCAAAAUUAGGGUUUUUUGGUUUCUUCCUUCAAUUCCGACUACUGAUGGCCGUUUCAACACAAAUCCCUAACGUUCCUCCCUUAAAUCGCCUCCAACGAUUCUCUCCUCCCCAAACGACUGUUUGGAGACCUCGAAACGGUUUUGCAGAGAGAUUCGGUAGUCUCCAGUCGACGUCGCCAUUGUUUUCGGUGGUUAGUUACCGGAAAGAAAGUACGUGUCCGGUGAGAUGUAGUGUUUUCAGCGAAACAGAGAGUGAAGCCAAUAAUUCUCUGAAAGACGAACGGUUCGUUAGCUUUUUUCGUGAAGCUUGGCCGUACUUUCACGCUCACCGAGGCUGCACAUUUGUUGUUAUAAUUUCCGGUGAAAUUGUCGAUAGCCCUUUCUUGGAUCCUAUUUUGAUGGAUAUUUCUCUUCUUCAUGGCCUGGGGAUCAGAUUUGUUCUUGUUCCAGGGACCCAUGUGCAAAUUGACAAGCUUUUGGCUGAGAAAGGAAGCGAGCCCAAGUUUGAUGGUCGAUACAGAAUUUCUGACCCCGAUUCUCUCGAGGCGGCAAUGGACGCAGCUGGGAGAAUCCGAAUAAUGAUAGAGGCGAAGCUUUCUCCUGGACCCUCCUUAUGUAGUAUACGUCGACAUGGUGACAAUAGUCGUUGGCAUGAUGUUGGUGUCAGUGUUGCUAGUGGUAAUUUUCUUGCAGCUAAGAGAAGAGGAGUCGUUGAAGGCAUUGACUAUGGAGCGACUGGUGAAGUAAAGAAAAUAGAUGUUACUCGCAUUCGGGAGAGACUUGAUAAGGAUUAUAUAGUGAUCAUGAGCAAUCUUGGAUAUUCCAGCUCUGGAGAAGUUUUAAAUUGCAACACAUAUGAAGUUGCUACAGCUUGUGCCUUAGCUCUUAAAGCGGAGAAGCUUAUUUGCAUUAUAGAUGGUCCAAUUCUGGAUGAGUGUGGACGCCUUAUUCGAUUUUUGACUCUUCAAGAUGCAGACAUGUUGGUUCGUAAACGAGCUAAGCAAAGUGAGAUAGCCGCUAACUAUGUGGAAGCUGUUGGGGAAGAAGAUCUCACUUUUCCUGGCCGUAUUGAUUCCAAUGGAAGUAUCCCCUCUUCUCUGAAUGGGAAGGGUUUUGAUAAUGGUUAUGCUGCAACAUUUCAUAACGGUGUUGGAUUUGACAAUGGGAAUGGGCUAUGGUCUGGUGAACAGGGUUUUGCAAUUGGAGGUCAAGAGAGGCUGAGUCGGUUGAAUGGUUAUCUUUCGGAAUUGGCUGCUGCAGCUUUUGUUUGCAGAGGAGGUGUCCAGAGAGUUCAUCUAUUAGAUGGUACCAUCAGUGGAGUAUUACUGAUGGAACUGUUUCAAAGAGAUGGAGUUGGGACAAUGGUGGCUAGCGAUCUAUAUGAAGGAACACGAAUGGCUAGGGUGAUGGAUGUUCCUGGAAUAAAGCAAAUUAUUCAACCUUUAGAAGAAUCUGGCACAUUGGUCAGGAGGACUGAUGAAGAGCUAAUUAAAGCAUUGGAUUCCUUCAUUGUUGUGGAGAGAGAGGGUCACGUGAUUGCUUGUGCUGCGCUAUUUCCUUUCUUCAAAGAUAAAUGUGGAGAGGUUGCUGCUAUUGCUGUUUCCUCCGAGUGCCGUGGGCAAGGACAGGGAGACAAAUUACUUGAUUACAUUGAGAAGAAAGCAUCUUCCCUUGGAUUGGACAUGCUUUUCCUGCUUACGACCCGCACUGCAGAUUGGUUUGUGAGGCGCGGCUUCUCAGAGUGUUCUAUCGAACAAAUACCAGAGGAAAGGAGGAAAAAGAUAGAUCUAUCCCGGAAAUCUAAGUAUUAUAUGAAGAAGCUACACCCCGACAGGAGCGGAAUUGCCUUCAAUAGGGUGUUUGCUGGAGGUUACGACACCAGAUGAGUUUAUGACCACCCGGAUACAAUAAAUUCACGCCAAGUUCUAGUUCGGAAUUUUGUCUGUCUCACUGUUGAUUGCUUUUAUUUUGAGUGGUAUCGUGUUUGUUCCAAUUUAAAGCACUGUUGCAAGUUGGGUUACUAAAUAAUAAUAGUGCCUGGACGCAGUGAGAGAUGCACUUGAAAAUAGAGUAACAAAAUUUCUGUUUUCUUCAGCAGGUACUUGUAUGUAUUUUCUGUAAUUUUGGAACAGAGUUGCUUAGUUUUGUGCUUUUAAUAUAUGUGAUCACAAUCUUUAGAUCACACGAAUCGGUUAAAUUUUUA